UAAUUACACUUUAGUGCGGGGUCCAGCGAGCAGUUGGACAGGAGAUCACAGUGAUGUCAGGAAAGGGAGGGCUUAACUGAGGAGAUAAAGGCAGCUAAUAGAGAUGAAAUCAAUCUGUAUUUAAAGGUCUUUUUUGGUUAAGGCUGUUGGCACUGUGUGUUUGUACAGUUGGUGGUCCGAGGAAAGCCAAUCAAUACCACAGAACUGUUGGGAAAGUUCGACAGAGACAGUGAGAACCUAAGUGUCAGUGAGGUCAAGGUUUUCUCCUGGCUUUGAAUUAGCAUUUUAUUCAGCUAUUUUGUUUUCUCACUUGGGACCAAGAGAUUUGCUUUGGCAGGAAGCUGAAGGAAGACAGGCUUUCUGGAAGAGACAGAUUGUGUCAUGACCCCGAGGGAGCAACUGAGGAAGAUGUCAGCGCUUGGGGAACAGGGGGCGCUGGACGAGAAGCACUGGUACCGCCUGGUCAACGGGAUGUCUGCUGGAGAGCUGAGACAGAGACAAGAGAUGAUGAUGAGGAACCAGAUGGCCAUGGCACCUCAGAUCCUGACCCAGGGGCAGCAGAGGCUGCAGGGGGUUCCCACCCAGUUCGAGCCCCGCUUCAUGGAGAGAGAACUGGGCCCCCCCUCUGAGAUGGUAUCUUCCGAUGCCAGGCAGAUGCACAUGGGGGCACACCUCGGCCCCCCCCUACAGCCACACGCCAACGUCAUGCCAGGGAGGGGCUUUCCUGGAGCGGCAGGAUAUGGCUUCCUGCCCACAGAGCCCAUGGAAACAGUCGCUCGACGUCAGGAACUCAUUCACAAACAGAACAUUGCCAGAAUGGAGAUGAACGCCAUCCUGCAUCAGAAGGAGCUGGAGAACGCCCACCAGAAGGGCCUGAUGGGGCUGGAGACCCAGCUGUACCAGUCCAACCCCAUGGCAUUCAGAGGACGCCAGCGCCUCCCUGACGGCCACGAUGUCUUCGUCCACCGAACCACCCUGGAGGACCUGCAGACCAACAGCCUUCUCAUGUCCUCCAGCCCCUACCCACCAAUCAGCUCUCUGCAGAGGGAGAGGGGCCGAAGGGUAGGAAGGAGGGCGGCCAAUCAGAAGAGCACAGAGAAUCACAUGACCGGGCCGAAGAGCCAAUCAGAGGACAAGAGUGUGGAGCAGAGUCCUGGGGCUGCUUCUGGGGAGGAGAAGGAGGCGGAGGGGAAAGGGGACAAUGGAGUGGAGGCAGCAAGCAGCAAGACUCAAACCAAAAUGGACACCGAGCACUCGACAGGAAGCAGAAAGAACUACAAGGAGGCGGAGCAUGUCCUGCGGAAGAGUCAGGAGGGCUGCUCCGACUUGCCCAGCUGCAACAGUGGUGCCAGCGAGAAAGACCUUCCCAGUCAAUGCUCAGCUUUCCAGGAGAAGUUCAUGUGUGCUGCUGGACCCUUGGCUGGGAUGCCUUACAUGUUCUCAGUCCCAGGGAACGGGUUACUUCCAACAGUACCACCCAAUCACUUUCUCAACGGAGAUGAUGUUUCCUCACUGGAAGACAUCAGGAAGUGGACGAUGGAUGAUGUUUACACCUUCAUCCACAACAUACCCAGUUGCUCUGAAUAUGCUCAGACAUUCAAGGACCACAUGAUAGAUGGGGAGACUUUGCCACUCCUGACAGAGGAACACCUGCUGGAAACGCUGGGCCUCAAGCUGGGACCUGCCCUCAAGAUACGAUCACAGGUGUCUCGGCGACUGGGAAACAUGUUUUACAUGAUGAACCUGCCGCUCUCUGCCGCCGCCCUGCAGGCCACCGCUGAGAAGACAGGAGAUCGGUCGUCAGAGAUCAGCUCUCCUGCCAACUGCAACAGUGUCGAGAUGAUGGCGAGUCCUUGCACGAGGGACACAGAAGUCCUGAAACAUACAGAGCAACUCCCUGAAUCAGAGAACCUAUCUCCCCCUUCUGCGAACAGUGAGACUGUCUGAGCAACAUGGAGGACACGUGGCCACAUGGACAUAUGAAGUGUUUCAGCCCCAAGACCAGUUUAAAGCUGCUAACUGUCUGCCUCAUACGAGCUGUUCGGUUUUCUAGUGUGUAUAACGCAUUCUUAAGUGUUUGGAAUUAAGUUCCUAAUCAGUUGUCUGUUAUGUUCUUUUUCUUUCGUCCGUUUUUUUUUUUUACCAUGUUUUAAAACACAAUAAAGACUUUAAAAAGUGUAGAGCCGCUCAAAAUGACUGAAGAAGAAAGUAAUCUACAAAUGAAUUAUUAUGAAUGCUGAAAAUGUUUUGUAACAUAUUUUGUAAUGAGAAUAAAGUCUGACAUAAAU